UAUUCUUUUCUUUAGGCAAAUAUUCAACGGAAGUGAUUAUAAUUCAGAAAUAGCUGUACCCCGAGAACUUUGGAUUAAUCUGCACCUUUCGCAUUUGGAUAACAUCCAAUUGGUUACCAAUCGACCCAUUGACUUUACUGGUAAAGAAGAAAACAGGUGGGACACACAACUACCAGGCUAUGGUGGACAGUAGGCAGAGGGAAGAAAAUUGUUCAUUAUUUCCUUUGUCCUGGUGAUUCCUCUCAGAAUACUCGCUGCAAAUCUCUGCAAGUAAUACCAACAAAUCAAAAAUGGCAGCUGGCCUUGCUGACGGUGUCAUUGGCAAGCUAACUGAGAUGGCAGUACAACAGCUGGCCAACGAGGCAACACUGGUAGUUAACUUCACAGAUGACUUUGAGUGGCUGUGUAAGAAGCUCACGUAUGUGAGAGGGUUUCUCACAUAUGCAGAUGGGCAGAGUGCACAGAAUGAGUUGGUGGGAAAAUGGCUGCAAGAUGUUUGUGAUACUGCUUGGGAUGCAGAGGACAUAGUAGAAGAAUGCACCAUCUAUGGUAACAGCCCUCAAUCUUCUGUGGGUUGUCAUACAAGAUCUCUGUUUCGGUAUAAAAUGGGGAGAAGAAUUAGAAAGGUGAGAGGGAGAAUGACAACCAUAAUGCAAGAUGCAAGUGAGCUGAAGCUGGUUAGUGAAUUGUGUCAUUCUAAUGAAGCCUCGAGCAGUACACCCAACAGAGGAAGAGCACGGAAGAAAUCAAGCUUGUUGGAGAGUGGUUCAAAACCCGUGGCCAUUGACAGUAAGAUUCAACAUAUCAUCGGCCUGUUAGAUGACCCUGCUGUUCCUGUGAUUGCUGUUGUUGGCAUGGGAGGGAUUGGCAAGACAUUUCUGCUACAGCAUGUCUUCAAGAGCACAAAAGAAAGGUUUGAGCACUCUAUCUGGCUUUCAAUUUCGCAAACAUAUUCUGUUCCUAAGUUGCAGUCGGAUCUAGCUUCUAAAAUUCAUGUGAGAGAUAUUGGUGGAAGCGAUUUAAGUGAGGAUGGAGAGCCUAGAAUUAGUUUAAGGGAUGUUGUAAAGGAACGAGUUAGUGAGGUGCGUGCAGCGGAGUGCAUUCAUAGCCAUUUACAAAGAUCAAGGUCAUUGAUUGUGUUAGAUGAUGUGUGGAGAGCAUCUAUUCAAGAUAAUUUGAUAGCAAACCUGGGUCUUCCCGUUAGUGAUAACUGCCGCUGCAAAAUUGUUGUCACCACUAGAAACAGAGAAGUUUGCAGAAAUAUGAAUGCCCACAUUUACGAGAUGGAGUAUCUUUCCGACGAGGAUAGCUGGAAAUUGUUUUGUGCUCAUGCCUUCGCAAAUUAUCCCCAAAAAGAGAAUCCGCCGCACCUUGAGAAGAUAGCUGGUGAUAUUGUAAAGGAGUGUGGUAAGCUACCAUUGGCUAUAAAAACAAUUGCAGGUUCUCUGGCAGGCAAGACACUGGUAUGGGAUUGGGAGUCCAAAUAUCGCCAGCUAAAUGAGGUAGUCCAUCGUAAUGACCGCAUCAUGCAGAUUCUUAAGCUGAGCUAUGACUGGCUGCCUCCAGCUCUUAAACCCUGUUUUGCAUAUUUUUCUCUGUUUCCCGAAGAUGAAGAACUAGAUUGUGAAUAUGUCAUAAAUCUGUGGAUUGGAGAGGGGUUCAUUCCACAAGGAGAAGAACAGUGGAAUAUUGGAUGGGAAUAUAUGUCUCAAUUCGCUAAUCUAUGUUUGAUUGACAUGGUGGAGAGGCUAGAAGAACCUCGCAUAGGAACCAAAUUCUGUAAAUUGCACGAUCUGUUGUUUGAUUUGGCUGUUACCAUAUCUAAAGAAAAUAAAUGUGCAUUUUCAUUUGAAGAAGUCUUCACAAAAUUUUCCUCCAGACAUAGCGGCUGCCGAAGGAUUAUGUUGCCAAAGAAAGAGAUAGAUGAUAGUGCCCUGGGCAAAAGGAUUAAUAAUUGUGGGCAGUCUCUCCGCACUCUAUCUCUGUUUCAAAACGAUGGCAUUAGAAAUAUUCCCUCCAACUUCUUUGCUAGUGGACGAGUACUGCGGGUACUUGACCUCAGGGGAACUGGAAUUUCUUCAUUGCCAGAAUCAGUUGGAAACUUGAAGCUUCUCCGAGUUUUGAAUUUGUCUCAAACACAUAUCAGGAAGGUACCCAAGUGUGUUAGAAAACUUACCAGUCUGAGGUUCCUUGACAUUUCAGGUUGCAGAAGCGUGGUAAUGGUGCCCCUGUGGAUAGGUGAGCUUAAAUGCCUACAACAUCUCAGUAUAGAAGGUUGUUCAGAGGGAUUGCAGCGUCACAUCCCCAAGGCAAUAUCAGAGCUACCCUGUUUGCUGAUACUCAGAUCAGAUGGUUUGGGUCUUUCCAAUGGAGAUAAUAGAUUCUUAAAUCUGGAGGAUGUGGGUAAUUUGAUUCACCUCCAAGAACUAUGGAUAAACUUUUAUAAUAAUCAAGCAUCUUCCAGAAGCAUGGAAACAGUGAUUGGGCAAUUGGUGAAGAUGCGUAGUUUAGGACUUUGUGACAAGAGCAGAGGGGUCGUUGCAGGGGUAGUUGGUCUUGGAUUACCAGACCCACCUUGUCCCCUUAAAAUGAUGGCUAUGAAGGAUCUUGAACACCUUCGCCUUUGUGGUUUUGCUGUGCCAAGUUGGAUAAGUAGAUUCCCAAAUCUCAGGAUACUCAAGCUGGUGUAUUGCGAAUGUGUUGAUUACACUACACUAACAAUAGAAACCCUGCCCAAUCUAAUGAUUUUAGAAUUGACAGGUAAUGAGAGUUGCACAGAAUUGCCAAGAGCUUUUGGAAUGUCUGGAAGAUUUAAUAAACUCAGUUUCUUUGAAAUUAGGCUAUUUAGUAAACUGAAGCAGUUUCCGAAACUAGAAAUGGGAGCCCUGCCAUGUCUGGAGAAACUGAUAUUCAAAAAAUUGCCAGAUAUGAAGAGAGUUCCAAUUGGUCUGGAACUGCUGAAAAGUCUAAAGGAGUGCACAUUUGAGUCUACAGGGAUAUCAAGGGCCAGAUUGAGGGAAGGCAGUCAUGAUUGGGAGAAAAUAAAGGCCAGUAAUCCAAAUGUAACUAUUACAUGGAAGCAGUGAACAAAUUUGUUUUAGGUAACUUCAAAUCUGAUCUACAAGUCCUGUUCUUUUGGUGAAUGUGGAGCGACCUUGUAUUAUUAUUAUUUGUUUCCUCCCCUACUUUCUGGAUGGCAUAGGCAGCCCGAAAGUAGUCUGGAUUGCAUCCAUCUAGUGCAUUGAUUUGCCCAUAAAGAAAUAAACUCUAAUAUCUUAUUCUCA